AUGAUACUAACAAGCGCGUGGGCGGAGAGAUACAUAUCUCCGAUCAUCAAUAUUCACGUUCCGGUGGAACGCGAAUCUCGCGAGAAGAAUCUCCUCUUGCCACCAAUGCUGGAACAGCAACUCGAACGCAAAAAUCGUCGUCUAUCCGUCAAGCCGAAGUCUCCCUCUGGAUGUUCGUCAGAAGCGGUUUCUGCACCUUCUGUAUCUUCGACGGCGAAAUCCAUUAGUCUCGAUAAUCGCAGUGCUCCUCGUGCAACGCCGAAACGAUCUUGUGACCGCGCUCCAGUCCUUUCUCAGCCUACGAGCAGUAAGCUUCCAGCUAAGGUAAUCGUCCCAUGUGCAUCUCGGAACGCAAAUAAGGAACGAACUAUCCCGACAACUUCCUCUGUAACGACGAUUGCUGAAGAACCUUUCGAAAGGCAAGCACACUCUCUUUCGAAGUAUGCCAAAGUACAUUCGGAUUUCCUUAUGAACUGGAACCUUUCACCUGAUGAUAUUCACGACUCUAAACUGUCACCUGGUAAAGCUGAUAUGGAAGCACCCAUUGAAUGGUACAUCGAUAAACCUCCGGUGCGCCCUGAUCUUGCUCGAACUCGAAGAAGCCAAGGACCUUGUUGGAGGACGGAUGUCACCUCCAUGAUGGCUCAUGAAAUUGCUCGUGAGGAAGACCUUGCUCGGCUAUGUCAGCGAGGGGAAGCGGAAGAAAAACGUCGAAUUAGAUGGGAUUUGCAAUCGAAGAGGGAAUUAGGUAAACGCAAAGAUUCUGAAGGGCCUGAUCAGUGCGAAGAUGAGUCUACGGCAUCCGUCAAUGAAACGUCAACACCAUCCCAUUCACAUGAACGUGAGAUAGAAACCGACGCGGAAGACGGAUUGGAAGCACCGAAAAAGAAGGUCAAUGCGGAGUCCGCCAAAGGCGACAUCGAUUGGGCACCGAUUGAUAACAUUUUAUUCUUAUUUGGAAGUGAAUUUUCUUGA